GUCAGUGAUGCUAAAGAGAAGAGGCAGCAGGUGUUAGAGCUCAGAUGUGAGAAGGGUGCGUAGCAUCUCCACAGGACAAACACUGAGGAUUCCCUGACUGUUAUUGGACCUGGAUGUACAGGAUUAAUGGAGAAACAUCAUAAACUUCAGACUCUCUCCCCCUUCCCUCUCACCCGAUAAUGAACUGGUCAUCCCUCCUCCACCCCUCUCAGUGGAGUGUUAGAUGGUACAACCCACUGCCAUACUCAGCGGUCACCUCUCUCUCUCAGUGAGGGAAGCAUCAGUCAGACACUCUCAGUCGGCAGGGUUUAUCUCUCUCCUCCUCCUCCUCCUCCUCCUCCUCUUCCUCUUCUUCUUCUUCUUCUUCUCUUGUCAUGACCCAUUUCAGGAGCGACUGCCACCGAGACAGACACGGCGGGAUGCACGGCGAGCUGAGAGCCGGUCGCACCACGACGGUCAAGAGAGGAAGCAGCGCCGCCGACAGAUCUGACUUUGAGAUGGAGUUUGACAGAUACCCUGAUGACCACUACAACAGGGUGUUUGACUACCAACGUGUCCCCUCCUCGGUCCCAGUGGAUCCCAGUCCUGUCAAACGGCCCCGCCCUUCAUCCUCCUCCUCCUCCUCUUCCUCUUCCUCCACAGCAGCUCUGAAGAUGAAGAGCAGCAGAGCUUCCAGCAGGAGCAACAACAAACACACCUCCUCUGACAGCAAAUUGAAGAUGGCGGAGCUACUCGCUAUAAAGAGGGAGCUAACGGUGAUCAAGGUUCAGAUCGACGGCCUGUUGGACUGUGUGGAUAAGAUGGACAGACAGAGGAAGGACUGCUCAGAGUGUCCUCAGGGCAGGGAGCCCAGUGUGUCCGACUCUCCUCACCGAGGUUCAGUCAGCAGUCUGGAGAGAGAAAGUCCUGAACCAGGAGAGGCCAGCGAGGACGAGCCGCUGCACUACCAGCACUACUACCCCCAUAGGAUAAAGCAGCAUCAGUCUGAUCUGGAGGACAAUCUGUGAUACUGCAGCUCAGAACAGAAGCUGGGAUUGGUAACAGCUGGGAUGGAAGAUGCUCCAAGGUGGCGUUGACAACAUGAAAUGCAUUGGACUGACUCUUCUCCACCUCUGAAUCUAUCUUUUAUCUGUCAGUUUGAUUUCUAUUCUGCUGCACCAACUCCGGUUUCCAGUCCACAAUGACGACAAAAAACCCAAUGUGUUCCUAGUAUAUCACCACUCUCCAUGCUAACAUAUUGGCACAUGGGACAAUAUCGCUAAACAUCUGUGUUUAUUGAUUUUUCACCUUUACAGUUUUUAGAUGAUUUCCUAAAUUUCAGGCCACCAUUAAUUUCAACAGCAAAUUCAGAACGCUAUAAAGAUUUACUUGCAGAGACUUUAUACUUUCUGCAGACAAAUAAUAACAUAACAGUGAGCAAUUUAUUUCAUUUUGAUUUUAUUUAAAAUUAAUAGUGCACCUACCAAAACAAAAUAAAAAUUCAUGAGCUAUGUUUGGCAGACUCUUUUCUUUUAGCUUAUUACAUUAUUUAUUAUACCCAGAUUGAAAAAACUAAAUUUUCUGUACUAAAAGAUGUAGCCUAAUAUUGGCCCCAUUUAUUGGCCUAACCUCGUUCCACUGUUGGACUCCACUCUGAUUAAUGUUAAUAAAAUCAGUGUGGCAGCAGCUGGCAGCUCUUUAUUGCACAGUUUAUUUUCAUCAUGUGUGUUAUAACCAGAUGUGUAUAGUUAAAGGCUCAGGGAGCACGGAUUCAUGACUCUCUAGGUUACACUGUUUAAUUCCCCCAUAUCAGACAGAAUGAAGUGAAAUGAAGAUUAACUCUGAAUAAGAAGCUACAUGUAGUGCAUAUAAUGGGAAGAUGGGAGGAUGAAGUAUAGCUGGCAGUUACCACUGCUUCAUGUCAUCAUCAUCUGAAGACUGAAGCCAUCACAGUUUAAUGUAAAAGUACCAAAAGGGCCAUUUUAACAGGCAGGUGCUGGAUUACAAUACCCGAACUUUUGGUAAACUUUAAUGCUUUUGUUGUCAGAAUGGCAGUGAACUUAUUAUCGCAUCCGUACAAUAGUGCUACAGACACAAUGCCGUUCCAUUUUCCUUUGUACGUCUAUCCAACACUUAAAUGUUCUGUUAUCUUGACAACUAUCGGCCAGAAAUUUGGUAUCCAUCCUCCCCAGAGGACAAAUGUGAAUGUUGUUGCUGCCACCCUACCCCUAUUUGUGUGUUUACACCGUGUCUUUAAACCACAGUGGUCCAAUGUCAUACAACUUCCUGUUUUUAGUCGUAUCACCUCCGUCAUAUUUUACUUUAAAUUUAGUUUGUUUCACCAGAUUUGGGUGACUGGUUUUAUGGAAAGCAAUGCCGCCAAACUGUUGUCAAGUCAAACACAUUUAUAAAAACUUUUCCUCUAGCAUGUUUACCCAGCUGGAUACUUAUGGACAACUGUGACUGACUGUAAAUAUGUUUAAAGCCUUCAUGUAAAAUAUUUGUCGGUUAAAAAAAAUGAAAAUAUUUAUGUGUACAUUAGUGGCUCUUUAUACUUAAACAUUUCAAACUUUUAAAAACAUGUUACUAAAAAUGUUUUAAUAAGAAAUCCUGCAACUGCAGGUACAGAAUAAUUUUGGAAACACUUCACUUGGCUUCACUGUAAUGUACUUGGCUGUUGUUGGUGCUUUUGUGUUUGUCCUCAGUGCUAAAUGUGAUCUAUUUCGGUGUGAGUGUAGUAAAGGUAUUUUUCAUAAAA